CGGGGGCGCUGCUGCUGCGGGGGAGCGGCGGCGGGGCGGCGGCGGCCCGCUCCAGCCAUGCCGAAUAAAAACAAGAAGGAGAAAGAAUCACCAAAAGCAGGGAAAAGUGGGAAAAGUUUGAAAGAAGGACAAGACUCAGAUCAAGAGAUUGCCAGCAGGAAAAAUAGCCUUGUUGCUGUCCAAUCUGCAACAUCUAAUAAAGUAAAAGUAUCCGUCCCUCAGCCCGUAGUGAAGAAAGACAAACGGCAGAACUCCACAAGGUUUAACUCCAGCAAUAAUAGAGAACUUCAGAAACUUCCAUCUUUAAAAGAUGUUCCUCCUGCUGACCAAGAGAAGCUUUUUAUCCAGAAGUUACGUCAGUGUUGUGUCCUCUUUGACUUUGUUUCCGAUCCACUCAGUGACCUAAAGUGGAAGGAAGUAAAGCGAGCUGCUCUCAGUGAAAUGGUGGAAUAUAUCACGCACAAUCGGAAUGUGAUCACAGAGCCGAUUUACCCGGAAGUAGUCCAUAUGUUUGCAGUUAACAUGUUUCGAACAUUACCACCUUCCUCUAAUCCUACGGGAGCAGAAUUUGACCCAGAGGAAGAUGAGCCAACGUUAGAAGCAGCCUGGCCUCAUCUACAGCUUGUUUAUGAAUUUUUCUUAAGAUUUUUAGAGUCUCCAGAUUUCCAACCUAAUAUAGCGAAGAAAUAUAUCGACCAGAAGUUUGUAUUGCAGCUUUUAGAACUCUUUGACAGUGAAGAUCCUCGGGAGAGGGAUUUUCUCAAAACUACCCUCCACAGAAUCUAUGGAAAAUUCUUAGGCUUAAGAGCUUACAUCAGAAAACAGAUAAAUAAUAUAUUUUAUAGGUUUAUUUAUGAAACAGAGCAUCACAAUGGCAUAGCAGAAUUACUGGAAAUAUUGGGAAGUAUAAUUAAUGGAUUUGCCUUACCACUGAAAGAAGAGCACAAGAUUUUCUUAUUGAAGGUGUUACUACCUUUGCACAAAGUGAAGUCUCUGAGUGUCUACCACCCACAGCUGGCAUACUGUGUCGUGCAGUUUCUGGAAAAGGACAGCACCCUCACUGAACCAGUGGUAAUGGCACUUCUCAAAUACUGGCCAAAGACUCACAGUCCAAAAGAAGUCAUGUUUCUCAAUGAGUUGGAAGAAAUCUUAGACGUGAUCGAGCCCUCGGAGUUCGUGAAGAUCAUGGAGCCUCUCUUCCGGCAGUUAGCCAAGUGUGUGUCCAGCCCACACUUCCAGGUGGCGGAGCGGGCGCUGUAUUACUGGAAUAACGAGUAUAUCAUGAGCUUAAUCAGUGACAACGCGGCAAAGAUCCUGCCCAUCAUGUUUCCGUCCUUGUACCGCAACUCAAAGACCCACUGGAACAAGACAAUACACGGCCUGAUCUACAACGCGCUGAAGCUAUUCAUGGAGAUGAACCAAAAACUAUUUGACGACUGCACGCAGCAGUUCAAAGCCGAGAAGCUGAAAGAGAAGCUAAAAAUGAAAGAACGAGAAGAAGCAUGGGUUAAAAUAGAAAAUCUAGCCAAAGCGAACCCCCAGUACGCAGUGCAUAGACAAGCCAGCGCCCUGAACAUCCCGGUCGCAAUGGAGACAGACGGGCCUUUAUUUGAAGAUGUACAGAUGCUGAGAAAGACAGGGAGCGAAGAUGCUCACCAGGCACAGAAAGACCCGAAGAAGGACCGUGCUCUGGUGCGCCGCAAGUCGGAGCUGCCUCACGACCCCUACACCAAGAGAGCCUUGGAUGCCCACUGCAGAGCCGACGAGCUGCUGUCCCAGGGCGGGCACUAGCUGAGCCCGGGGUGGGGGGUGGGGGGCGCUGCCGGUCUUCUCUGGGUUCUGUAGAACAUGCAUAGUCCUCGUGCCACACAAAUCAGUUACACUCAAAUCCGCGCUUUCUCGCCCGUUCCUAGGCAAUAACGCAGCUCUGCGUCUGCAGCCAGCAGGAGUUCAAACAAUGGUGGGUUCUCAGGCGCCCCGUGCAGAGCAGGGCGGUGGGCAGGGUCGCCAGCGAGGAUGUCCCCGCAGUCAGACCUAGACAGAUACCCUGGUCAGCACCUCCUUCUACACAGAUGGACUCUCUACCCUUUAACACAGGUGGCUCUAGGAUGCGGCCCAUGGUUUUCAGAUCAGAGGAACACUUUACCAAGUAUUACCUGUUGUUUAAGACUUUUUCAACCUUGAGGUUGUUUCUACAUAAUUGUUACUCAGCCAGCUGUUGUGUUUUUUUUGUUUGUUUGUUUUGUUUUUGUUUUUUAACUCAUUGAGGUGAUUCUCUGCUCUCGGGUUCUAACGAGACUUCCUGGAAAAAGUGACGUGACAAUCCCCAGCAGCUGUUAUUUCCUAGGGCAUUUCUUUACUUUUGUUAAUGGCACGUACACCAUGUCAGACUUCUCGUACGUCAAUCUAAAGCCAUACUUUCAACUCCGUGGCACAGCACCAGGGUUCCAGGAGUAAGCUGGUAGAAGGAACUUACUUCAGAAAGAGCUUCUCUGUCUCCUUUGACUGGAAUUGGAAUUUUACAAUUAUGUGUUCAUAUUUUCAUUCGCAGAACUUUUUUUCCUUACUCAGACAUUGUUGCCCUUUAACAGGGCUCUUGAAUUAAUAAAAUUAGUCUCUAAGGACUCCAUAUUUUGUAGAACGUUAGGGUGAGAUCAUUUUGAGUUAACCAGCUCGCGGCCUCACGCAAACUGCAGCUGCCUUUCGACUUAAGGGAACAAAGACAAUACCGGUUACACUGGCUUGGCCGCGAGGUUGUGUAUAAAUCAGGCGUGGUUCUCAGAGCUUAGGGGAGACCCCAGUGAGGACGGCUCUGAGUCUUUUUCUGUGGAAAGAGCACACACAUUAUAAACACCUCACAAGUAAAAUCCAAUAUCUAAGUUUUCAUCCAUCUUCAGAUGCUGCUGUGUAGCUCACAGACUCCCGCAUGCACUGAGCUUUUUGUUUUAGAUGGGAUAGCACGAGGAGAAAAAUCCUUAAACCCAGCACUUUGUCUGUCCUGUGUUUCUCAGGGUGGCCAGUAUCUUGACUUUAUCCUGCUUGAAAGCUAUUUGAGACGUGUACUGCUAUUCUAAACAAGUGAUUCUAGUUUCUUUUGUCUCUGGCAUAAGAUUAUAUAACUUAGUGUUAGUUGUCUGGAUGCAUAAAAGGUAGUACGUGGCUUCUUCUAAGAUCUGUCUUCAGUCGAGGUCUCCUGUGUCCAUUAAAACACCGUGAGCGCAGACGUGGGUCCUUUGUGGCUGUAGCGCCUGCUGCCCUUUGGUUUCGUUUGAGUCCACCCACCGACAUGGUUGAUUUCCUUGUGUCUUGGGGGAGGGGGUUUUACUGUGCUAAGAGUCAGAGCGAGAGCUAAGUUAGAAGAUUGCCCCAGCCUAAAGUGGGCAAGUCCACUUUGUGAAAAAAAGCAUUUCCUGAGAAACUUGACAACUAUCUAUCCAUUUUACCAUUACGAAAUCUAUAAUUUAAAAAAAAGUUUAGAUGCCUUCUCCUUUUGAGUGAAAAAGGGUGCUUUUUAUUGUAUAAAGCAGCGUCUUAUGUAUUUUGAUAUACCAUUGUUUGAGCUUCCGUCUUUAGCUGAUAGAUUCUCAAAUACCCUUGAUUUUGGACAUUCACUAUGUUUGUGAGAGGUUUCUGGGAGGAAAAAAAAAAUCCGUUUCUGCCCUAGGUAAAAAGCAAAAUAUCAGUGUUUGGUUGAUUGUGUAAAGCUCAACAUCUGAGAACAUCUCUUGGUCUAGGUUUUAUUUCUGCCCUUUACUGAAGAUAAACAUUCACCAAAAGAAAGAAAGAGAAGUUUUGAGAGAAACUAACUUCCUUUGACAAGAGUAUUAAUAUUUUGGCCUAUUAAAGUUUCCCUAGUUAGUACUCUGAGUCCCUGUGCUAAUUAUUCGACUUCUUUGUCAUUAUAUAGACCCACUGCUUAUUGUACCAAACUGAUUUCAGAAGUACGACAUGGAAAAUAAACUAGUAAAUUUGGUGACUGUUUUUCUUCAUAAAAUUCUGCAUUUGGCAUCUUCACAUUUUCCAAAAUGUAUCUCUACAUCGGAAAUGUCACUAUUCCUAGUGUCUUUUUAGUGUGGCUUUAGUAUGGCUUCCUUUUAAUAUUGUACAUACAUUGUAUCUUUGUUUUAUGGUAAUAAGUAAUAAAAAUGUAGACUUCAUAUUUUGUACAAAAUGUCCUAUGUACAGAAUUAAAAAAAAGUUCAUAGAAACAGCAAAAAUAGGUAAGUGGCACAAUUAUUUUUCUUUAGAAAAUAUCUGUAACUUUAUGCUUUAGUGAAAUGUUAAGUACCUACAUAUUUUUUAACAUUUUGUAAUUCAGAAAUUUUUGUUUUGACAUUGUUUAUGAAGAGAAACUUCAUACACUUGCCAUUUAAUAUGCUCUUUUAUCUGAUUUUAAAAAUUCUAAAAAUGGUGUAUUAUAUGGACUAAAUAAAGAACAUGUGAAUUUUA